CCUCUUUGCCUAAAUUCAAAGUAGUCGCUCCCUCUCUCCAAUUUCUCGUCGGCGACCAAUUGAUUUUCCGGUCUCAUCUUCUCCCUCUCGCCUCUUUCACCUAGAAAUAAUAAAAAGGAAAUAGAGAUUACUUUCAAAUGGUGCGCUGCCGCCGAAAUUGAACAGAGAGAGAGAGAGAGAGCUGCGGUAGAAUGAGCAGAAGGGUGCUCAAUUCCAGUCUACUUUCUUCAGCAAAAUUCUUCAACUCGCUAAAACCCUUCUACAGAUUCUUCAGCACCGACGAAAUUUUUCUCCAAGGACUAACCGCCGCCGACGGCAAUCUCGAUGGAUUAUUUACGGACGAUGAAGCCCUCUACUCCGCACCUCAAGACGCUCCAGCCCAGUACCUCUCAUUUCUCAAGGAAUCCAUUUUUGAUGCCAAAGCUGAAGUCUUUGAGUCAGUUAAGUGCUCCACCGAUGCUAUUUCAAUCAUAAACACGAUCAAGAGCUCCAAUGAUGGGUUGGGAGAGGAAUCCCAGAAAUUCCUAAGGCAGUUUAGGGCGAAACUUGAUGGGAAUUUGGUGGUUGAUGUGUUGAGAAAUGUGCAAAAUCCUGAAUUGGGUGUUAGGUUUUUCAUGUGGGCUGGGAGGCAGAUAGGGUAUAGUCACAAUGUGACUGUUUAUGAGGCUUUGCUGGAGUUGUUAGGCGGCGGUAGGGACGAGAGAGUGAACGAUCAUUUUCUGCUCGAGAUAAAGGGGGAUGAUGGGGAAGUGCUGGGGAGAUUGCUUAAUGUGCUGAUUAGGAAGUGUUGCCAUGGUGGGAUGUGGAAUUUGGCACUUGAGGAGUUGGGGAGGCUUAAGGAUUUCGGGUAUAAGCCGUCUAGGGCGACAUACAAUGCGCUGGUGCGCGUGUUCUUGGAGGCUGGGAAGGUGGACACUGCUUUGCUGCUUCACAGGGAGAUGUUGAGUUUGGGGUUUAAGAUGGAGAGUCAUAUAUUAGGUAGCUUUGUGCAUUUCUUAUGCAAAAUAGGUAAAUGGAGAGAUGCAUUAACUAUGAUUGAGACGGAAGAAGUCCAGCCUGAUACUUUGUUGUAUACGAAGAUGAUAAUGGGAUUGUGUGAGGGCUCUUUCUUUGAAGAGGCUAUGGAGUUCUUGCAUAGGAUGCGGGUGGAUUCGUGUGUUCCUAAUGUCGUGACGUAUAGGGUUUUACUUUGUGGGUGUCUGAAUAAGGGGAAGCUGGGGAGGUGUAAGAGGGUUCUAAGUAUGAUGAUUGCAGAAGGUUGUUAUCCGAGCACUAGGAUAUUUUGUUCCCUCGUCCACGCCUACUGCAAAUCCGGGGACCAUUCCUAUGCAUAUAAGUUGUUCAAGAAAAUGGUUGAAUGUGGUUGUAAGCCUGGUUAUGUAGUUUAUAAUAUAUUGAUUGGAAGUAUCUGUGGUGGCGACAGCCUUCCAAGUCCAGACAUGUUGGAACUGGCUGAAAAGGCUUACAGUGAGAUGCUUGUUUCCAAGUUAGCAUUGAAUAGAGUCAAUGUUAGCAAUUUUUCCCGCUGUCUUUGUGGGGCGGGGAAAUAUGAGAAAGCUUAUCGUGUGAUUCAUGAAAUGAUGGGCAAUGGAUUUGUUCCGGAAGCUGGCACGUACAACAAAGUAAUUGGUUUUUUCUGUGAUGCAUCAAAAGUAGACAAGGCCCUCUUACUAUUUAAAGAGAUGAAAGAGAAUGGAGUCGUCCCAAAUGUAUACACUUACUCUAUUAUGAUCGAUAGGUUCUGUAAAGCUGGCUUGAUUCAACAGGCUCGGUGCUGGUUUGAGGAAAUGAUGAGGGAUGGCUGCCCUCCGACUGUGGUCACGUAUACAGCACUUAUACAUGCUUACCUCAAAGUAAGGAAGAUCUCUGAUGCGAAUGAGAUAUUUGAGAUGAUGUUGACACAAGGAUGCCAGCCGAAUGUUAUCACUUUUACUGCUUUGAUCGAUGGAUACUGCAAAGCUGGACAAAUAGAGAAGGCCGGGGCGAUUUAUGAAAGAAUGAGAGGUAAUCUUGAUGUUCAUGAUGUAGAUAUGUACUUCAGAAUUUCGGAUAAUAGUAAUAAUGAGCCAAACGUUGUUACACAUGGAGCUCUGAUCGAUGGCUUAUGCAAGGUGCAUAGGGUUAAAGAGGCAAACAAAAUUUUAGAUGCAAUGAUGGCUCAAAACUGUGAGCCGAAUGCUGUUGUUUAUGACGCUCUUAUAGAUGGAUUCUGCAAGGUUGGAAAGCUAGAUGAAGCACAGGAAGUUUUUGCUAAGAUGUCAGAACGUGGAUACACCCCAAAUGUUUAUACAUACAGCUCUUUGAUCGACAGGCUCUUUAAAGAGAAACGCCUUGAUCUUGCUCUAAAAGUACUGGCAAAAAUGCUUGAAAAUUCGUGCAUGCCUAAUGUUAUUACUUAUACAGAGAUGGUUGAUGGUCUUUGUAAAAAUGGGAAGACAGCUGAAGCAUACAAACUGAUGUUGAUGAUGGAGGAGAAAGGUUGCAAUCCUAAUGUCGUUACCUAUACCGCCAUGAUAGAUGGCUUCGGGGUUACUGGAAGAGUCGAUAAAUGCCUCGAACUCUUCCAAGAGAUGACCAAAAAGGGAUGUGCUCCGAAUUAUGUCACAUACAGGGUCUUAAUAAAGCAUUGCUGUGGCGUUGGGCGGUUGGACGAGGCUUAUCAGCUUCUGGAGGAGAUGAAACAGACAUAUUGGCCGAGUCGUUUAGCGAACUAUCAGAAGGUUGUGGAAGGCUUCAGCAAGGAUUUUAUGCUGAGUCAUGAAUUAGUCAAUGAAAUGGGUAAUGAUGAUGCUGUUCCCCUUAUUCCAGCUUACAAAGUUUUGAUUGAUAGCUUUCGGAAGGCUGGAAGAUUGGAAAUGGCUCUGCAGCUGCAUCGAGAGUUUUCAUCGUUGUCACCAUGCUCAUCAAUGCAAAAGAAUGUGUGUUCUUCUUUAAUUGAGAGCCUGACAGCUUCAGGAAAAAUUGAUGAAGCAUUUGAAUUAUACGCAGACAUGAUAGGAAAAGGUAAUGUUCCCGAGUUUGCUGUGAUUGUUGAUCUCGUCAAGGGGCUUCUAAAAGUUAACAGAUGGGGGGAUGCGCUUAUUCUUUCUGAAAGCUUGUGUCACAUGGAUAUCCAGUGGUUGACAAAUCAGAACACGCAAAAACAGACGUAGAGUGGUUUCUUAUUUUACCUCUCUCAUUACAAUUGGAUAGCGAAGCAUUCAACAAAUCCUCUCUAAAAUCUGCAUCGAGUUAGAAACACAAAAACGACAAACAUGUGCUUCUCUUCAUGCCAGAAAAUGGCCACUCGUUGGCGCCCCAUACGUCGUGAAUAUGCUAUAGCUGAGCUGUUGGCCAUCUAAGACACGAGUAAAGGCUCGAUCCUUGGCCAACCAAAAUGACAAAUAGAUGAUAUUUCUCGAUGGGAAUCACUGGUAAUGGAAAAUUACAGAACUUGAUGAGCUAAAUGAAUUUUCGGAGAAUGCAGAAAGAAAAAUGGAACUGAUGAAACUGAUUUUGGAGUGUUCAAAAUUGCUGUUGGAACUAAUUUCAUAUAGCAAAGAUGAUCUGCUGCAUUGUUGGAAGUGGUCAUGUAAAUAUGAUUAGUAGAUUAUUAGUACAUUGUUGGUUUCUCUAGUUUUAACCGUAAAAUAUGGCAAUAAAUUACUAAAUUGUUGAUUUGUUCUGAUUUUGCUAUCACUAAUGACAUGUCUUGGACUUACUUGCAUUA